AUGUCGACUAUAAUUGCCAAGCGCAAGCGUGCAAUGAAGGCAUGCAUCCCUUGCCAUCAGCGCAAGCGAAAAUGCGACACUGUGUAUCCUUGUGGCACGUGUUCCACCUACGGAUACACCUGCAGGUACAUCAACGACAACUCUCCGCUUGCACCCAAGCGCAUAAUCGACGGUGACAAUCGUCUGGCGAAUCUGUCCGCCACAGACCACAGUCCGACCAGCCGGUCUCAAGGGGAUGGCUCGUCGACGAAGAGUCCCACCGUCGUGGCCGGCGCGUCUCCGGGCAUCUUCGACGAGCAGAAAUUCAGAUACUCCGGGGCAUCGGCGGCCAUGGCAUUCCCGCACAUCCUGAGUGUCGCUCUCGGUUCCGACAGCCCUCCAAAGACGCGGUCGUUCGCUUACAACUUUGGCAUUCGCCCCGAGGAGGCAUCUAACGCUCACUGCUUUUUGGGAAACCUCAUCUCGGAGGAAGACCUUUGCUACUUCUCGGGUAUAUACUUCUCGGUACUAGGCCCCAUCGGCGACGUAAUGGACCCAAGAAUCUACGCUCAGCGAUGUCGGAAUUAUUACCAUAGUCCCCGCAGCAACACAGACACCAGCAACACGGUCGCCUUUGCCGCUGUUGCCGCUGGCAUUGCUGCUCUCGGAUCGUUCCUAUCUCCCAAAAGACACCCGAGGGAGUCUGACCUGAUACAGCACGCCAAAUCCGUCCUCGAUGACCCGUCCUCUAUGCGUUUGCAUGGCAUCGACCAUAUCGUCGCGUGGGGUAUGCGAGUGCUUUACCUACGGGCCACAACCCGGCCCAGCAAUGCUUGGAUCGCUUCGUGCACGCAAAUGCACCUCUGCGAAGCAAUAGGGCUGCACGAGGAAGACAACAUCAAGAAAAUAGCGUCCAUCGCUGGCGCCGCUGUUCUUGGACAUGAUGAGGACCGGCUGAGGAGAAUUUUCUGGAUCUCAUGGGCUGGACAUAACAUGUUGUCCUAUGAGUACGAUCGUUCGCCUGUAGGAUUUCGGGUCGUCACUUGCCAGCCUAUCAUCGGAAUACCAGGGUCCGUUGCCGAUCAGUUCGUACAACUGAUCCAAAUCAUUCCAUCGCCUAAUUCUCCGUUCCAGCAUAAAUCGCAGCCUUCAACUCCGAGUGAAGAGCUAUUUCAACGACUCAAGGCGCUGGAUGAGCUCAAAGUUACCCAUCCGUUUCUCGUGGUGACCAAGGCUGAUAUUGCGUUCUGCUUCUAUCGACGCCUUUACCAGCUCAAGAUCCGCGUACCGGACGAUAUCAUUGAGCGCGUCAUUGAUAGCGGCAAUUCCGCAGUGGAGGCGGCCGAGCGGCAAGCUAGCCAGGGUCAUCUGUUCUGGAACGUCAUUGGCAGCGUCUUCCAAUAUACAUGCAUCCUGUUGGCCAUCGACACGCCAGCGGCCUCCGCCCACAUCGGCGCCGCUUUCAAGGGCCUGGAGAACCUUGUCCAGGCUGCUGAUACAGGACUGACGCGUGAGGCAUUGUCGAUGGCGCGGCACCUGCUCAGCCUUAGUAUGGCAAAGAAGCGAAAAGAACUUACCCAGCUAAAAGCUGUCGAGGCGGGAUAUGAAUUCUUUCAGACACAGCCGGCAUCCGAGGCCAACACCGCGGUGCCAGACAUAGAUUGGGAUUUGGACUGGGAUCAAUUCUUCAUCGAGCCAUAUCUGACCAUGCUCGGCUCUGACCUCCAGUUCUAG